AAUCAAAAGCAGUCCCGUGUUACAAGAGGAACAUUUGUUGUAUGUGUUUGUUGUUGCAACACGGAACGUUCCAAUCGACGCACUCGGAGGUGCAGCUGGAGCUUCAGCUGGAGGUUCAGCUUGAGGGUGUUUGUCCACAGUUUAAUAUCGUGUUUCCGGCGUUGUGUUUGCUGGGGGAUUUGUAUUUCACCCUGGUGGACGCAGAGCAGACAGAGAGAGAGAGAGAGAGAGAGAGAGGGAGAGAGAGAGAGAGAACCUGUUUCGUUAUCUCGUGCCCCGCCUGGUUCCAGCACCUUCAGCUCACCUUCAGGCAGUCUCGAUCCUGUGUGUCUCACAGUGACAGCCUCACCAGUGCCUGACUGCAGUGUGGACAUCAUGGUCUCUCCAACAGUGAUAACUGCUGCGGCUGGAGCAGUCUGCUCCGUGCUGUUAGCUCCAUUUGUGAUUUCGGCUGCUGGUUUCACCUCCAGUGGCAUCGCUGCGGGAUCCGUUGCAUCAUCAAUGAUGUCAUCAGCAGCCAUCGCUAAUGGCGGCGGUGUGGCAUCGGGAAGUCUCGUCGCCGUCUUGCAGUCUUUUGGUGCGGCCGGUCUUACUAACGCUGCCACAGCUGCCGUGGCGUCUGCAGGAGCCGCAGUCGGUGGAGUGGCCGGGUGGGUGGCCAGCAAUCUCAGUCGCUGAACCCUUCUUUUCAACACAAGAAAAACUUGGAAAAACAUUAUGUGCUUUCUUGUGGCUUAAAUAAACUUGAAUCAGUCAUCCUAA